AUGGAGGGGGGCUAUGAGCGGUUCUCCUCCGAGUACCCCGAGUUCUGCUCCAAAACCAAGUCGCUGAGCAGCGGCCCCCCGUCCGGCGCCGAGGGCCUGGAUCCAGGCUGCAGCUCCUGCGGGACCCCCCUGCACGACCAGGGCGGCCCGGUGGAAAUCCUGCCCUUCCUCUAGCUCGGCGCGGUGCAGGAGCGGCGCGGUCGCGUCCUCGUGCACUGCCAGGCCGGCAUCUCCCGCUCGGCCACCAUCUGCCUGGCCUACCUGAUGAUGAAGAAGCGCGUGCGGCUGGAGGAGGCCUUCGAGUUCGUGAAGCAGCGGCGCAGCGUCAUCUCGCCCAACUUCAGCUUCAUGGGGCAGCUGCUGCAGUUCGAGGCGCAGGUGCUGGCCUCGUCGUGCGCCGCCGAGGCCGCCAGCCCGCCAGGCGCCGCGUCCGCCCCCGCCUCGCCCUUCGUCUUCAGCUUCCCGGUGCCCGUGGGGGCGCCGGGCAGCCUGCCCUACCUGCACAGCCCCAUCACCACGUCGCCCAGCUGCUAG